GUAAACUUUUUGUUGUUCAAAACUUAAAAUUAAGUUAGCUGAAUUUUUAACAUAGCAGCCUCGAAGUUGCGUGCAAAGUACUCGAGGCAGCUAAGCAAAUUAUACUGUACUUGGUUAGAAUGUUUCAAAUAAUAUAAAUUAUAAGUUGCAUUUCUCGAUAAACAAACAAAUAACAAAUUCAGACAAACAAAAACUACAUGAAAAUAUUUCCAUAAUUUUGUAAUUUCAUUAAGAAAUCCUCUCCAGGCCAUGCUUUUCCCUUCAAAAACAGAUUUGAGAAGUCAUAAACAUAUCUUUUCGAACUGUAGAUGAUAUUUUCAAAAUUUGUAAAUAUAUAUAAAAAGUCAACAAAAAUCAACAAAAUAAAAUAAAACAGAGCACCAUGUGUUUCAAUGUAUUGGAAGAGCGCAGUCUGCUCCCUGAUUGCCAUAUCACGAAUCGUGAAAAUCUCUUUUCCCUGCUGCAGUCCCUCCAGGAGCAGGAACUUCGGCCGGAGGAUGUGGAUGCCGAUUUGAGGGAUCGCUACAAUGUGUUUCGGCAAGUCUUGCCCAAUUACCCGCAACCGGAAAUGGAAAACUCCAACCUUCGUGUUUAUAUCCAGGGAUAUCAGCAGGAGCAAGAUACUUCCCGAGUCUCUGUGAAUUCAGGUGCAUCCGGUGAAGGGACCAGCAAUUCCAGUCUGGACCAGAAGUAACUCUUUUAAUCAUCAUUUAAACAAAGAAAACAUUUUAAAAGUGAAAUUAUUUGUUUGGAUAAAUGUCUGGCAAGUGGCGUUUAAAUGUAACGAAAGUAAAACCCGGCCAUUAAAUGUUAAACAAUAAAAAAAGAAAAU